AUGUCCCAGCAAACAUCCAAAGCCCCAGCCAUGUCCAAAGACGGUCGAUCCCUGCCCUAUUCCGGAGCCCUCCGUGAUCGGUACUCGGCAUACCAAAAGGCCUUACAGUUCAUUGACACCCAUGAGGGUGGUCUGGACCGCUUUACCCAGGGCCACAAGAAGAUGGGCUUCCAAAUCGACGACAAGGGCGGUGUUACGUAUCGGGAGUGGGCCGCAGGCGCCGUCGCGGCCAGGCUGAUUGGCGAUUUCAACAACUGGUCACACACGGCGAAUCCCAUGACGAAGAAUGAGUUUGGAGUAUGGGAGUGCUACGUCCCUCCCACCGCGGAUGGCAAGUGCGCCAUCCCUCACGACUCCAUGGUCAAAAUCUCCAUGACUACUGCCGACGGCGAGUCCAUUGACCGUCUCCCGGCCUGGAUCACCCGCGUGACCCAAGACUUGGACGUUUCGCCCGUGUAUGACGCUAGGUUCUGGAACCCUCCUGCCGAGGACCGUUACGAAUUCAAGAACGGCCACUCGACCAACUCGAUUGAGGGCCUCAAGAUCUAUGAAGCUCACGUGGGGAUCUCCAGUCCCGAGAAGCGCGUGACCACGUACAAAGAGUUUGAGAGAGACGUCUUGCCUCGGAUCAAGGAUCUCGGUUACAAUACCAUCCAAAUAUUGAACAUGUUUGACGGCACCGACCACUUGUACUUCCAUGAAGGCAGUCGUGGACGCCACGACCUCUGGGACUCUCGCCUGUUUAACUACGGUCAUCCCGAAGUCCAACGAUUCCUCCUGUCUAAUCUUCGUUUCUGGAUGGACGAAUAUAACUUUGACGGCUUCCGGUUCGAUGGCGUCACGAGUAUGAUGUACAAGCACCACGGUGACUACCACGAGUACUUUGGUGACUCUGUCGAUCAAGAGGCCAUGGUUUACCUCAUGCUGGCUAACAAAAUGAUCCAUGACCUGUAUCCGAACGCUAUCACUAUCGCAGAGGAUGUGUCUGGUAUGCCUACGCUCUGUCGGCCUGUCGACGAGGGUGGCGUCGGAUUCGAUUACCGCUUGUCCAUGGCGAUUCCCGACAUGUGGAUCAAAAUUCUCAAGGAAAAGCAGGAUGAAGAAUGGGACAUGGGUAACAUUGUCCAUACGCUUACCAACCGUCGGCACUUGGAGCGCAGCGUGUCGAGAUGUGUACGAGACAAUGUCGGGGUCAAGCUGACAGCAGACGACUACAUGUCUGACCUCUCGCCUCUGACGCCCAUCAUCGAUCGCGGAAUCUCCCUGCACAAGAUGAUCAGGUUCCUCGUCCACUCACUUGGUGGCGAAGCGUAUCUCAAUUUCGAAGGCAACGAGUGGAUGGACUUCCCCCGUGAGGGCAACGGCAACUCUUUCGACCACGCGCGUCGCCAGUUCAACUUGGUGGACGACCACUUGCUUCGCUACAAGUAUCUCAACGCCUUUGACGCAGAGAUGAACAAUCUUGAGAGCAAGUACAAGUGGCUGAGUGCGCCGCAAGUGAGUCCAAUAGUGGGAGGGAAGGGCAUGCUAACACUGAAGGCGUUCGUGUCCCUCAAGCACGAAGGCGACAAGGUCAUCGUCUUCGAACGGGCGGGCUUGCUGUUCAUUUUCAACUGUGAGCUUUGGGAGGACGACUAUCGCGUCGGUGUCGAUGUUCCGGGCAAGUAUCACGUCGUUUUGAACAGUGACGAAAAGAGGUUCGGUGGACAUGAUCGGAUCGAUAACAGUGGCGAGUACUUCACUACGCCCAUGGAAUGGAACGGCCGCAAGAACUGGCUGCAGGUCCUGAAUGUAAAGGUUUCGGCGUUUGCCGAACGAGCCUGCUCGAUUGACGUGCGUGCAACUGUCUGUUUCACUUCAAUGUCAUCCAUCACUUCUUCCACCAUGCCUUUCCUCGAGACUCUGAACGGCCUGAUAGAACCACUGUUGUUCAUCGGCCUUUCUUUGUCGUAUGUCCCAUCGACGAUCUCUCAAGUUUUCCGUGAACGCCGACUUGUCUCCUGGGAUCAGUUCCAGUUUCUCUGGUUUGGCAACUUUUGGCGGACUGUGGGUCCCAUGGUGAGAGAUGGAGCAGAGGCUCGCGUAGUCCCACUUCUGCAAGGCCGGGUACGGCUGGGUACCGCUGUUCCUCCUGAUGGUGAUAGCCGUGGCCUGCCUCCUGGAGUAGGUGGAACCGUCAUCGAAGUGGGCCCGGGAAGUGGCAUGUGGGUUAGCAUCUACGGAGACCAGUACGCGACUCUUUCAGACACUGUCGACAAGUCGAUCCCCGGCAAACGGACAAGAGUCGAAAAGGUGUUUGGUAUCGAACCGAACGCAACCCAUCACGCCGCUCUGCAGAGUAGGAUCUCGGAAGCGGGUCUGGACGGAAGUUACACCAUCGUUCCAGUCGGGAUCGAGGAUAUUGGAUCGACCGGGUUGAUCCCGAAGGGCUCGGUGGACGCCAUUGUUACGGUUCUUUGCCUGUGCUCGAUUCCAGAGCCGGAGAAGAACAUCCGCGAACUCUACGAAUACCUCAAGCCUGGCGGACGGUGGUUCGUGUAUGAGCACGUAAAGUGCUAUGCCUCCCAAGGCAAUUUCAUGAGGUGGUACCAAAGCAAGUCGCUCCGCGCUGCUGGGCCCUGGAAGGAGAUCGACCUUGCCAUGCCCACCGACGCUCCCUGGUGGUCCACAACGCCUCACUCGUAUGGCAUCUUGACCAAGCCCUGA